AUGCUUUUCCCUCCGUCGCUGCUCUGCACUGCUGCCACUGCUGCCGCACACCUACUGUCACCAGCGGCGGUGGCGCCUCCUCUGUGGACGCUCCGCCUCUCGAUCGGCCGUGAGAUUAGAACUUCCAUGCCCGAGGAGUGGGGACGGUCGGGAAAGCGCCUGCCGCUCAGGCUCGACGUCGCCGUCUCGUCGGAGGCCUCGCCUGCUCACUGCCGGCGAGUGGGCUCCUCCUGCUCACUGCUUCCCUGCUCUAGCGACGUGUGCGUUCGAGGCUUCGAUGGCGAGGCGAACUUCCCGGUGAGCGCUGGCGGCUGGCGGCGGGAGGGGAGCAGUCUCCAAUUCUGGCUCGAGUUUCCGGACGGCGUGACGCGCGGCGGCGCCGGCCCUGCGUGGCCACAGGCCGAGUCGCCCGACGUGCACCUGCCCGCGGGCUGCCUCUUCUUUGAGGGAUCGAUAGAAGCGGCGGAAGGCGGACAGGGAGGGAGCUGGCCGGGAGCAGAGCCCGCAGCGGUGCGGAUACGGCCCGGGGCGCUGCUCGUCAAGCGGGUUGGCCCAGUCGGGGAGCUGGCCUUUGGCUUUGGCCACCACUACACCUCCGUCGGCACCUGGUCGGCCGAGCCCGUCUCGCCGGUGGCGGCGCAGCCGCAGGCACAGUCUGGUGCGCGGCGCGCGCCUGUGGAGCCCUCGCCGCUCAUACAGCAGCGCGUGCAGGCGCUGCUGCGGGACCCGUCGAGCGCGACGCUGUUCGACGUCCUCCACUGCCCGAUGCGGGUGAGCCGCGAGGCGCAGAAGACUGUCGCCCUCCUCGGCGUCGGGUCUGCUCUCGGCUACGUCUACCUCACGGCCAACUCGGUCCAGUCGCCGCUGACGGGCGCCCUGUUUGUGGAGGGUUGGGCGGUGGAGGCCGCGCUCCUCCUCGUCUUGCUGACCCGCGCCGUGAACGGAGGAUAG